AAGAUAGCCUUAUAAGAGGGAUUUGACGAGAAUGAUCAUGUUUUAGCGAUUGAAGAAAAUUUUGCAGAGUGUGAGUAAACGAAGUCCCAUUCAAUGGCCACGCCUCCUCUGUGACAAUGUGGAUCGUUAUUCCUCUUUCUCUCUCGUCUCGUCUAAUUCAAUGCAUUUUUUCUUAAUUUCUCUCUCUGCCUUUAGAUUAAUCCAACGGCUGAGAAUAGUCAACUGUAGACAAAACACAGUAGAGUAGACGAUCCAUCCAGAUCCAUCUCUAAACUGGUCUUGGCGAUGGCGAAAUUUUUCUGUGAUUUUCGGUUACUUCUCUUUGUUGCAGCGGUCGUCUUCAUCUACAUCCAGGUAAGAUGAGACUUUUCGCAACACAAUCACAAUAUGCUGAUCGCCUCGCUGCUUCUAUUCAAGCUGAAAAUCACUGUACAAGUCAAAUGCAAUCGCUCAUUGAUCAGAUUAGCUUGCAGCAAGGACGCAUUGUCUCCCUACAAGAAGAAAGGAAGCGUCGAGACCAAGAAUGUGGGCAAAUGAAGUCUCUUGUUCAAGAUCUUGAAAGAAAAGAAGUAAGAAGACUGAUCGAUAAAGUGCAGGUUCCAGUGGCAGCUGUUGUGAUCAUGGCAUGUAAUCGUGCUGAUUACCUGGAGAGGACCAUCAAUUCUGUAUUGAAAUACCAAAGGGCCAUUUCGUCAAGAUUUCCUUUAUUUGUAUCUCAGGAUGGAUCAAAUUCAAACGUCAAAAAUAAGGCUUUGAGCUAUGAUGAGCUAUCUUAUAUGCAGCACUUAGAUUUUGAGUCGGUUCAAACUGAAAGGCCAGGAGAGUUAAUUGCGUACUACAAGAUUUCACGUCAUUACAAGUGGGCUCUAGGUCAACUGUUCUACAAGCAUAACUUCAGCCGAGUUAUCAUUCUUGAAGAUGACAUGGAAAUAGCACCUGAUUUCUUUGAUUACUUUGAAGCUAUGGCAACUCUCCUUGACAAGGAUAAGUCCAUUAUGGCUGUUUCGUCAUGGAAUGACAAUGGACAGAAGCAGUUUGUACAUGAUCCAUACGAACUUUAUCGCUCAGACUUCUUUCCUGGACUAGGAUGGAUGCUGGCUAGAUCUACAUGGGAUGAACUAUCACCAAAAUGGCCAAAGGCCUACUGGGACGAUUGGUUGAGAUUAAAAGAGAAUCACAAAGGACGACAAUUUAUCAGACCUGAAGUAUGCAGAACAUAUAAUUUUGGGGAACAUGGUUCUAGUCUGGGACAGUUUUUUAAGCAAUAUCUUGAGCCAAUCAGGCUGAACGAGGUCCAGGUCAACUGGAAAUCAAUGGACUUGAGCUAUUUGUUGGAGGACAAAUAUAAUAUACACUUGGCCAACAAUAUCAAAAAAGCUAAACCUGUCUCUGGAGCAGACAUCGUUCAAAAGACACACAAUAUAGAUGGUGAUGUGCGUAUUAAGUAUAAUGAUCAGUGGGACUUUGAAAACAUUGCUCAGCAAUUCGGUGUAUUUCAAGAGUGGAAGGAUGGUGUGCCUAGGACAGCUUAUAAAGGAGUAGUGGUUUUCAGAUAUCAAACGACGAGGCGUGUAUUUCUUAUUGGUCCAGAAUCUUUGAAGCUACUUGAGAUUGAAUAUUUAGAUUCUUAAUGAUGGGUGGCUUAAAAUGACAUUCAAUAGGUAUAUUUCUCGUAGUUGAAUCCAAUGCAAUUACGAGCACCAUAAAUUUUGUCUUGUGAUCAUAGAGUGGCAUUGGGAUAAAAGAGCAUAUUGAUGGAUCAAACAAAUGUAUUUUAUAGAUUCCAUAUUUAUUGUUAAAAAAAAAGAGAUUUUUAUUGGAUGUGCAUUUGUUGAUUA